AUGGCUGCCGUGCCCCGCUGCCUGGCGCUGCUGCUCCUGUCUGCCUGCCUGGCCCUGAUGCUGCAGCCCCCGCGGGCUGCCAGGGGGUCCCCGCUGGAGCCUGCCUACCCGGGCGACAACGCCACCCCAGAGCAGAUGGCCCACUACGCCGCCGAGCUCCGCAGAUACAUCAACAUGGUGUCCAGGCCGAGGUACGGGAAAAGAGAGCAGGAUGACUCGGUGAACUUCUGGGAGUGGGGCUCCCCGCACGCAGCUGCUCCCAGGGAGCCCACCCCCAUGGACCUGUAGUGCUGG